ACAUAGUUCAAAAUUUCAUUAACGUGGCCUAAUAUAUCAGUACACCUUGAUGCAAAUGGAAUCCCUCCCUCUCCUCCUAACUCUAGCAGCUAUUUUAUCAUCGUACUUCCUAUGGUUCUACCUCCUCACCCGAACCCUAACCGGUCCAAAACUAUGGCCCUUUGUGGGAAGUCUCCCGGUCCUAGUCAAGAAUCGGGAUCGAGUCCAUGACUGGAUCGCCGACAACCUCCGCGUUGUCGGCGACUCAGCCACCUACCAGACCUGCAUCAUCCCCUUCCCUUUCUUAGCACGCAAGCAAGGGUUCUACACAGUCACGUGCCACCCCAAGAACCUCGAGCACAUCUUGAAAACCCGGUUCGACAACUAUCCAAAGGGGCCCAAGUGGCAGACCGCGUUCCACGAUCUCUUAGGCCAGGGCAUCUUCAAUAGCGAUGGGGAAACAUGGCUCAUGCAGCGGAAGACAGCGGCGCUCGAGUUCACAACACGGACACUAAGGCUAGCCAUGGCUCGCUGGGUGAACCGCGCCAUCAAGAACCGAUUGUGGUGCAUUUUGGACAAAGCGGUUAAAGAUAAUGUCUCAGUGGACUUGCAGGACCUUCUCCUGCGCUUGACGUUUGAUAACAUUUGUGGACUCACUUUUGGUAAGGAUCCUGAAACUCUCUCCGUGGAGCUACCAGAAAACCCUUUUGCUAUUGCUUUUGACUCUGCCACUGAAGCCACCAUGUACAGAUUCCUGUACCCCGGUCUAGUGUGGAGAUUCCAGAAGCUUCUUUGCAUCGGACCAGAGAAGAGGCUGAAACACAGUCUCCAAAUCGUCGAAACCUACAUGAACGACGCCAUCUUCGACCGCAACAAAGCCCCCUCCGACGACCUCCUAUCACGCUUCAUGAAGAAACGCGACACCGACGGAAAACCCUUCUCCGCCGCAGUCCUCCAGCGCAUCAUUCUGAACUUCGUCCUCGCCGGACGAGACACCUCAUCCGUCGCCCUCAGCUGGUUCUUCUAUCUCGUCAUGACCCACCCCCACGUGGAGGAGAAAAUCAUAACCGAGCUUACAACGGUUCUCAAACAAACCCGCGGCGGAGAACGGCGGAGAUGGACGGAGGACCCCCUCGACUUCGAGGAGGCCGACCGGCUAGUGUACUUGAAAGCUGCACUAGCCGAGACGUUGCGUUUAUACCCGUCUGUGCCGCAGGACUUUAAACAAGCAGUGGCUGAUGACGUGUUGCCGGACGGUACGGUGGUUCCGGCGGGGUCGACGGUGACGUAUUCGAUAUACUCGGCGGGGAGAGUGGAGAGUGUGUGGGGUGAGGAUAGUGUGGAGUUUAAACCGGAGAGGUGGCUUUCGGUUCGAGGCGACCGGUUCGAACCGCCGAAGGAUGGGUUUAAAUUUGUGGCGUUUAAUGCCGGACCGAGGGUUUGUUUGGGGAAGGACUUGGCUUACUUGCAGAUGAAGUCUGUGGCAGCGGCGGUUCUGUUAAGGUACCGGUUGUCACCGGUUCCCGGUCACCGGGUGGAGCAGAAGAUGUCGCUCACUUUGUUCAUGAAGAAUGGUCUUAAGGUGUUCUUGCAUCCACGUGAGAUUGAAGUGGGGCCAGCGGUUGCCACUGCAGCAUAGUUUGAGGGUGUUUUCGUCAUUUGGGAGUACUGUGAGUAAAGGUGUGAUCAUUCAGAAAGAUUGCAGUUGUCGUGGGUGUAUAUGCAUACAAGUCUAUUUUAUGUUUGAAAUUUGGAAGAAAAUGUAUGUCUUUUUAUUAUUAUCCAACAAACAGUCAAAUAAUAAUGUAUAGAGAAUGAGGUUGCUGUUAAAAUUUGGGUCAAUAUGUUAUUUGUUCAUGUAAAAUUGUGAAACUUGAUUUUGGUUUUACGCUGGAAUAUAAAGUUGUACAAGUGCCUCUUUGUUAAAUAAUUAAGAUUAAUACGUCAGUUUUUGUUUUA